GUCAAUAGGUAAGAGGACUAUGAGCCUAUGAUAAUUUGAUUAAAUAAAGUCCACUAAAACACUAAAGCUUUGCACUUGCCUUUAAUCUCAUUAGUCAUUACUACUCUCUCUCCUACCUCCUCCCUCCCACACUCUCUCUCCGUAUCAUAAUUCCCUAAUCACCACUUUCACUCUCACACUAAAAAUGCUACUACCUUCAUACCUCCUCCUCCUCCUCCUACACCACUCCUCCGCCUUCUCCACCACCCACCACCGGCGACUGCUCCACCACCCUUUCAUCCCUUCCACCGCCACUCCCUCUCUCCCCCCUUCUCCUUCCCCUUCCCCUUCUACUCACCUCACUCACCCUUUCUCCACCUCCCUCCCUUCCCCUUCUGAAAACAACAACAAUAACCCCUUCUUCCCUUCCUACACCACCCCACCACCGCCCUCACAACCACCACCUUCCACCACCACAGCACUCCCAACCUUCCCCGCCAACAUCUCCUCCCUCGCUCUCCCUUCCUCUUCCUCCUCCCCCCAUCACUCCCACUUCUCCCCUAAACUCACCCUCUUCAUCCUCCUCCUCUCUCUCCUCACUCUCUCCCUCUUCAUCUCCCUCUCUCUCCUCCUCCUCCGCCGCCGCCGCCGCCGCCAUCACCACCCCUCCAAACCCCACUCUCCUCUCUCUCCUCCUCCUCCUCUCCCGCCCUUGAAAAUCCCCGCUACCAACCGACAUACACACACUCCAUCCCACACUAGCACCGACUUUCUCUACGUCGGUAACGCCUUAACCAACUCCCGCGACUUCCAAACCUCCUCCUCUUCCGCCCCCAUUCAAGUACUCCCUUCCUCAACCUCCGAAAUCUACCUUAAGCUUUGCGGGGAUUCCCCUGAACUCCGCCCUCUUCCCCCUCUUCCCAAACAAAACUCCCAACAACAACAUUAUGAACCCAACAUUCGAGGAGGUGGAGCUGAGGAUGAAGAAUUCUACUCCUCGAGAACUGACGAAGAGGAUAAUAACUAUUACAAUAACUACGGCUUGAAUUCCUCUCCUGCAAGAACUUACUCUGACUCGCUAGCGUCGGACUCUGAUGUUUCUGUUGAGAUACAGACUUUAGCGGCGAGAACUUCGCAUUUUCCGGCAACUGGGAGGAUGGGCCCACCUGCUGCGCCGCCGCCACCUCCGCCUCCUGGGGUGGGACCGGGACCGCCGCCGCUAGUGCCGCCUUCUGGGCCGGUGGUGUUUAAGAGUAGCGGGAAUUUAGGAGAGAGAAAGAGUGGAGAGAGAAAGGAGGAAAAUGGGAAGCCUAAAUUGAAGGCAUUACAUUGGGAUAAAGUUAGGGCUACUUCUGAUCGUGUUAUGGUGUGGGAUCAGCUUAAACCUGGCUCUUUUCAAUUGAACGAAGAAAUGAUAGAGACAUUGUUUAAAGCAAAUGGUCCUGGUAUAGCUGCAAAAGAUGGCCCACGUAGAUCAAUACCGCCUUUGAUGGAUGAAGAGUAUCGAGUACUUGAUCCUAAGAAAUCUCAAAACAUAGCCAUUCUAUUGAAGGCUCUCAAUGUGACAGAAGGGGAGGUUUGUGAAGCACUUUUGGAAGGUAAUGCAGAUGGCCUUGGGUCAGAGCUUCUUGAAAGUUUACUUAAAAUGGCUCCUACCCACGAAGAAGAACGGAAACUCAGGGAGUACAAUGAUAGAUCUCCUUUGAAGCUUGGUCCGGCAGAGAAGUUUCUCAAGGCAGUACUUGAUCAUGUACCUUCUGCAUUUAAGAGAGUCGAUGCUAUGCUUUACAUAGCUACUUUUGAUUCUGAAAUUGAAUAUCUUAGGAAGUCAUUUGAAACAUUGGAGGCAGCAUGUGCUGAACUUAGAAACAGCCGAAUGUUCUUGAAACUUCUAGAAGCAGUCCUCAAGACAGGAAACCGAAUGAAUGUUGGAACCAAUCGUGGUGAUGCGCAAGCAAUUAAGCUCGACACACUCCUCAAGCUCAUUGAUGUCAAGGGAACUGAUGGGAAAACCACCCUUUUGCACUUUGUUGUGCAGGAGAUCACAAGAUCUGAAGGUUCUCGUCUUUCCAGUACCAAAAACAAUCCAAUGACUGAGAAACCAAGUGACCAACCAUUUUUGCACAAUGACAUUGAGUUGAGAAAGAGAGGGUUAGAAGUCAUUUCUGGCUUAGGAGGGGAGUUGACAAAUGUCAAGAAGGCAGCUGCCAUGGAUUUCAAUUCCCUUAGCAUGGAUGUGGCAAAGUUAACUCAGGGAAUCAUAAAAGUAAACGAAGUUCUUCAGCUAAAUGAAAACUUCGUAAUUGUUGGGACUCACAAUAGGUUUUCAGAGUCUAUGAAUGGCUUCUUAAAGAAGGCUGAGGUAGAAAUCGUAAGGAUUCAAGCUCAGGAGAGCUGUGCUCUAUCUAGGGUUAAGGAGCUAACUGAGUAUUUCCACGGUAAUUUGGCUCACGAAGAGGCUCAUCCAUUGAGAAUAUUUAUGGUGGUGAGGGAUUUCCUUGGUGUGCUUGAUCAAGUAUGCAAGGAAGUUGGAAAAAUAAAUGAGCGGACGGUUAUAAGCUCAGCUCGUGCUAUUUCUGUACCAGUAAAUCCAUCAACGCCACCACCUUUCCCGGAGUUCAGUGUGACGCAUGGAGAUAGUUCCUCAGACGGUGAUAGUAUCACUGAGAAGUAGCACUUUCAAUGACAGAUUGUGUUGAUUCUUUUUGCUCUAUCUUCAUGACUCGUGAAGAUACCCACAAUCUGUAUGCAAUUACAUAUAAUUAUAUUAUAUACUAUAUAGUAUUUAAUGUACAAAUAUCCUUGCAGAAGGCUCAUUAGUAUUAGAUCAUUUGUAUGAUUGCUGAAACUUCUGAAUAUGAUUUUGCACAUUAUGUAAAAAGUAUUUCUAGUAUAGCUCA